UACAUAGCAGAUUGGUUAUUGGCGUGCCCUUCGCGCCCAACCAAGAUCACAUCACAUCACCAGACAAACUUCUACUUGCUGUACACGGCAUUCCUCAAAACAUUGCAAAGCCAGCAAUCCGACCAACUUCACCAAGCCUCACAUAUCGCCCUCGAUUCUUUGCAUUGCGCAUUGCAUCCCCGGCCCUACCGACAACCCGUCCAAGCCACCCCUCAUUUACCUCCUCUCCGUUGCGCGCGCAUACAGUCAUCGAGCUUAAUCAUACGGACUUCACGACGGCGCGGCUGAAGUUUCUCGCUGCCUCAGCGUCCCAUAAGAGGUCGCGAUCGCGGGGCAGCCAACUCGAUUCCCUCCCGGAAAACACAGUCCAGGAGUCUUUUCGUCCAACUCCUACUCCCACCAUGGCCACCAUCCGGCGCAAAGACACCACAAAGGGUCCCCCGCUUCGGAUACUGUCUCUUGGUAAGUGGAAAAAUACUGGAGUUUGAUUCUCAACAGCUAACCGGUCAUAGAUGGAGGCGGUGUUCGAGGGUAUUCCCUCUUUAUCAUCAUUCAAGACAUCAUGCACCGUACCUACGUCGAGAUUGAAGGCAAAGCUCCCAAGCGAGACCAGAUACCGAAACCAUGCGAUCACUUUGACCUGAUAAUAGGAACGGGAACAGGAGGCUUGAUCGCGCUCAUGUUAGGAAGAUUGCGCUUGGAUUUAGAGACAUGUAAAGAAGUCUACGUGCGAAUGACCCAGAAGGUUUUCGAGACGGACAAGACGAUCGCCGGAAUUCCAUACCGAUCCACUCUUUUCAAGGCUUCGAAGCUGGAGGAGGCUAUCAAAGAAUGUGUGAGAGAGCACACGAUUUUCCAAUCGGAGGGAAACGAUGGCAUGGAAACAGAAGCAGCGAGAUCUAGCCCCUUAAACCCCAGAAACACGGGACCACAGCGGCAUACCAGUAAUGCCAGUGUCGCCAGCUUUAGUGCCAAGUCCGGGGGAGUUUAUCAAAAUCGAGGCUUCUUAGGGAGACAUGGAAAUCCAAAUGCAUUAUUAUACGACAACAGAGAAAAUCGAACCAAAACGUAUGUCACUUCAAAUUAUGCAUAAGUCGGGGCUAACGAUUUCUAGUGCUGUUACCGCUGUUUAUAAAGGUACUGGUAAGGGAGGUUCCCCAGUGGUACUCCGAUCCUACGAUUCACGAAAAGAGCCAGCUCCUGAAGUAAAUUGCAAAAUUUGGGAAGCUGGUCGUGCAACUUCAGCUACAGGUCUAGCUUUCAAGCCUAUUCAAAUUGGGCAGUCUUUAUUUCUCGAUGAGGGAGCUGGUCGUUUCAACCCAUCAAUCGAGGCAUUGGACGAGGCUUGUGUAAAUGAAUGGCCAGGUCGUGAUGUUGGGGUUAUGAUCAGUAUUGGAACUGGUAAACGACCGACAGGAAGCGAACAGAAUUCACAUUUAUGGUAUGAAGGAUUUAUGGGCGAUUUUGCCGAAGCCAGACGAAAGUUGAUUGCCAAAAUCGAAGGAUGUGAAGAAACACACCAGUACAUGGUACGUGAGGGUCUCAGCAAGCGAGGCGUUAAUGUGUCGAAUUACUACCGAUUCAAUGUUGAAAUUGGAGUUGGUGAGUUUGGUAUGAAUGAAUGGAAUCGAUUGUCGGAUAUCAGUACAAACACCCGACGUUAUCUCAGCAGAGUCAACCCACAGCAAAUGGUUGCCGAGUCAGCUGUGAAAUUGGCAAAGAUUCACAGAGCCAAGUUGAGAUACGAGAGCGAUGGCGAGAUGAGCGGAGUCGGAGGGGCUACUUCCCAUCAUUACAAGAGCCUACCUGAUGUCCCAGAGGCAUAUCCAAACGCAGUAGAAUUACCUGCCGACAUUCCUACAAAUACACCCACCAUUACGCGGAUGAGCCCGCCUCCUCGACCAUCUUACGAAUCAGGUCAUAUCGACAAUCUAGCCGUCCCUUCGCCACGAACCUCAUCGGAACAUAAGAUCCGUCCUUACAGCUCGGGACAGAAUCUGACCCCGGUUUCUCCUCAAUCAUCAAUGCAGAGUAUGAAUAGCAUCGACGGUGAUAAACUCCAAGUGCACGCACCCACACCCGAGCAAUGGCACACCGCAUCCGGGAAUGACAAAAUUGCCAUCGUGAGCGCGGACGAGAUAUCGAAACCUCUGCCACUGGUUGUCCAGCAUAUCAAUCGUGUUGAGCCCCCGCCGCGACCACCAAAGACUCCUAUUCAGGAACCGGGCUCGAUGAUGGGGAGAAGUAGACCGAUGGUGCUGUUGCCUUAUCCUGUGGAUGAUGGCCCCCCGCCGGCUGUCAACAUGGCGGGGAAACCUAAGAAUUGGAGAUGAGCGAAGAGCGAAUUCAAUUGAAAGAGGUUGACGUGGACAGAACAUCCCGGGUACGGUACGGUGCCCAUGCUGAUAUCAGGGAUGGCGAUUCGAAAUGAUGUUAUUUAUGACCUUUUUUCUUUUUACUUCUGAUGACUGGGUUAGGUUAGGUUAGGUUAGGUUACUCAUGAUCAUGACAUUUGGAGUUUGGCAUUAUACCUUUGACGCGAUGGGGUUUCGCUGUUACUGAGAUAAGAUGAUGGGAGAAUGGCCCUGGAAGAGGGUGGAUUGCGGUGUGUAGCUAGUUAUUUAGGUACCUAGGUAAUCUUGUCGUGGAUUUGAUAAUGGCGAUGAUAUUGGGGGGAAAACAUGAAAAAACAUGAAAAACUAUGAAUAUGAAUAUUUAAUUCUUUGA